AACCUCAUACCUUUUUCCUCGGUUCAAACAAUCCCAAAAGACUCAAACAAGUUUUGAUUAGUUUUUCUACGUUGUUCUUUUUUAUAUAUUUUUGCAUAGAAGGUAUAGUAAUAUGGGUAAUAGCUUAAGGUGUUGUUUGGCUUGUGUUCUUCCUUGUGGGGCACUAGAUUUGAUCCGAAUAGUACAUUUGAAUGGUUGUGUAGAUGAGAUUACACAUUCAAUCACAGCAGGUGAGGUUCUUCAAGCAAACCCUAACCAUGUUCUAAGCAAACCAAGUUCUCAAGGCGUUGUUCGUCGGAUUUUGAUCAUUUCACCGGAGACUGAGCUCAAGAGAGGAAGCAUAUACUUCUUGAUCCCGGCAACAUCUUUGCCGGAGAACAAACGGAAUGGAUCAAUUGUUAGCGACUCUCAUCUCAACAAGAAAGCAUCAUUGUCUUCAAAGAAAAGAAGCACCAAGCACGGUGAUGAUGGUGAUCAUGAGAAUGAUGGUAGUGGGGAUGGUGAUUGUUUUUACUCAUCAACAUCACCCUUGCAAUAUAAGGAGAAGAAAUCCUCAAGACGGGAUCGCAAGAAAGGUCGUGUUGGAAUAUGGAGGCCUCAUUUAGCAAGUAUUUCUGAAGAUUAAAUGGUUUUCAGAAUUGUCAGCCAGUGUCAUAAUCACGACACUGGCUGCGGCAGAGGAGGACCGUUAAAAAAAUUUAAUGGUUCAAUUAUUGAAAUAUAUAGCAGCAUGGCCCUUUUUAUUGUUUUACAAGUGUACGUGGGCAUUUAAUUUUGUGGAUAAUUUUUUUUUAACCUUGCUUUUCGUAUACUUGUGUUUUAAUUUCUGUGGGGUGAAUUAUGUGUGAAUUGGAUGUUAUCAAAUCAUAUAAUUUUAUUUGCUUCAUAGAAAAAGAAAAGAAAACAAUAUAUAUAACUACAUAUGGUGAUAAGAAUCAAUGUUCAAAUUUAUAUCAAGUGAUUUUCAAUCUCAAAGUCACAAGUUUAGGUGAAAAUAGAUUGAUUGAUUUAGUAACUUGAAGGAUAGAGUUCAACUUCUCUCGCGGAA